CACAGGUUUCUGGACGAAGACAGCACAAGUAAAUCUGCUCUUUCUAUUCGCAAGCUAUGCAUAGAAAAAUUUGCAUUUGUCGUGCACCAGGAGUUUGAAAAGAAAAAGAUGGACGCCGCGAGCAUAUGUUCCUUGGGCAGUUCGUACUUGACGAACUGUGUCGAAGCCCUGUUUGGGCACGCCGCCUCGCGGGACAUCGCCAAUGAUCUUCAACUGUGCAGGGAAACGAUGGAGCGCGGCCAAAAGUUCCUCACGCAUGACUCGCAUGGGUCGCAAUCUAAAGGCAAGCCCUACCGCUGGAUUUGCUAUCGCUGGAUUCCGCCCACCGAGCUCCUUGCUGCGUACACCCGCUGCGAACGGCGAAACGCCAAGGGUUUUGGAAAGAAAGGGAAGGGCCGAGGUGGAGGGAAGCACAAGAAUCAGUUUGCCGAAGUGCAGAUGAACAAUCGCGGCUCUGUAAAAAUGUCGGAGCUUCAUCACGACACACGCGGCGAGGAGCAUGACACCAGGUCAGACGGCUUGGUGGACAAAGCGUCCGAAUUGAAGGACGGCGUCUGGCACCGGGUGAUCCAUGACAUUUCAGAUCGACGCGUGGUCACCUCCCACUUUGCUACGAAUAUGGAUGUCGUCCAGACCGUGAUCGGGGAGAAGUUCGAUCUUCUCGAAGACGGCGACGACCCUGGCGUGCUGCAGGCUGCGCUGCAGGAUCCUUUCUUCGUGGAAAUGCUGAAAAUGUACUUUCAGACCGGAGACCAGCAGAACCCGCGGUUUUUCCAUACACUUGCGCAAAUGCAGCUACGAUGCUUCGGCGGCCAGACGUUGUUGCAUUUCUGUUGCGAACAAGGGUUCCUGGAGUGCGUGCGCUUUCUGGUCGAAAAACACGCUGCGCGCACGACGAACCACGAGGAGCCGUGGUUGCAAUGGGCCGACCCGAUGUUCCAGGAAAAGUCCUGGGGAAACACGGCAUUCAGCAUUGCCUGCUACCGAGCGGAUGCGAAGAUGCUGACUGUUCUCCUGGACUCCUGGUGGUUGAGGUUCAACACGCCGGAGCGGAAGCAGGAAGUGGACGAAAUUGCUUUUACAGUGCGCUGCGCCCGCAGGGUUGACAAAAACUACUCCUCGUUGCUGGAGCGCGUCGUGGACAAAAAAGACUCCACCCUGCUGCAAAUGGUGGAGGAAAGGGUGAAAAAGAUCGGACGGGGCGGUGCAGCGGAGCGACAGAAGUACCUGAAUUGUUACAAUGUCUUGCAGCCCCACUGCCCGCGUACCUGGAAGCCAUUGGAGACUAACGGUGCAGCAGCGCCUGCCUGGGUGGAUGAUCCGAACAAAAGUGCAUGCACCUCUACCAGUGCACGGGUAGAAAGAAGCGCGCAGCCUUUUGCAGUGCUCGAUACGAAAGAAAGAGAUGAGCAGCAUCGUCUGGCGGCCGCCCUCUCCAGGCGGGAUCUCACACUUGCGGAACUGCAAAGCGAGAUUCGUACCGCUUUCGCCGACUUUGCAAAACCGCACCACACCGACUUGCUGAUUUCCAAUAUUACGCUGCAGCCGUUUCCGCGCGACGAUUCUGGCGAAAGCGCGCGAACUUCCGGCAACACUGAGACAGCGGAAGCAGCUGCCACUGCUGGUGGCGGCAGCCUUAACGAUCCGCUAGAGCUCUCCGCAAAGAACUUCUUCGCGUUCGUGAGGCUACACGGCUACCGGACGGUCGUCUUUAAAGACUGCGACGCUCCCAGUAUGAAUCUCGCUGUGAGUUUAGUUUCUGGGGUGGCUACCGCGUUACGAAGCCACCUCUGCGACCCAAUUGCGCUGCAGGUGUUCGAAUUUCCCUUCUUCUACCUGGACGCAACUGACUCCCUUGAUGGUGGGGUCGAGAAAACCAGCCCCAGGCUGCUCCUACGACCUGCCUUGCUCGAGUUGCGCAAUGCCAUUGUCGACACCUUUCACUCAGUCAACUUCUAUCGAACCAAUGUGAACAGGAACUGGGAUUGCUUGCGAAGAGAGCCAGGCCGCUUCGCAGCCGAUGAACCUGGUCGUUCGAGCAGUGCUGAAGGGUCAAUGCUGCAGAAGUUCGCCUCAAACGAUAAAGUUGCGGGUGAUACCUCGGAGCAUUUGUUUGGUUCGAUUCAGAGUCCUGCGCAUGAGAUAAGCCGUGCGACCAGUUUGAAGCAGACCAUUUUUGCGGAGCUUGGCUCUGAAACAAGUGACGUCGUAAGAAAACAGCGAAACCGACUGCAAACCGGCAAGGAAAUGAAUUUUUUUCUCUAAGACGUUGCCUCUAUUGCGCACACGUUCCUCAACAAAGCAGUACUCCUGCAAGCAACCGCAGACGAGGAAAGCCAUACCGUCGAUGCAUAUGCAAAAAUUUUAACCGAGCAAGCGCUAUCACCAAGCUGGAUUCCGCAGGUUCGUGCGAUUCUGGACCUCUGGUUUGAGCUGCUUCCAAAAUUGCGUGACUUUGUGGAGAGCAAUUUCCUUUCCGCCGACGGGUCCAAUGCGCGACAAUGCGCAGAGCUCGUGGAGUGUGCGGAGCUCAAUUUCGACAAUGCCUGCGUUUUCUUUCUCAAGUUGCGUCCUAAGAAUAAACGCCCCGGCCUGCCGGAAGUCGUCGACCUCGUUCGAGCUGUGGUGCAGCAGGAUCCCAGUCGCUUCAUGCGUACCGUGCGGUACCUGCGAUCACGAAAACUCGGAUUAGCUGAAGAUGGCGUGCAGACAAAAGCGGUGUCAUCCGGUGAGAACGACAAAGCAGCCGCAGAUGCAGGGUUCUAAUUGAACAUUGCGAUAACAGGAGUUUGCUGGCGGAUUUUGAUGUGCGGAAACAAGGACGUCGAUCAGGGACAAGAUAUUUAUCUACUUACUCGGGACUCAUUCCUCAACCGAUACAGUGCGACAUUUUUUCAGAAGUCAAAGUUCGGAGCUGCAUCUUUAGUGCUGCAGGUACUGGAAAGAUCGCUCCCUCAUUCCUAUUCCAAGUCGCGAUCCUGAAUACGUAUCAGCUAUUACAUGGUUUGACAGUACUAGUGCCACUACGAAAAAUUUGGAAAGUGCGCCUUACCGAAAACGCGAAUUUCAAAUCUGGGCCAACAGAAAUCGUCAGUGACCGGCUGUUGACAUAUCCGUG